GAUAUAUUUGCUUGAUUUGGGCCAUUGGCAUAUUUGGGUUCACUGAAUUCGGUUGCGUUUAUCAACAACGCUAAGCACGCGUUUGCCAAUGCCAGCCGGUGUCGAGGCCGAUGUUACUAAAUUCAAAACUCUGUAUACAUUGGACCUCAACCUGGCCGCUGUAAUUUCGAAGGCUGAACAGUGUGCGAUGCGCAUCCGACCAAACGGUUCUUUAUUCUAUGCUCCCGACUGUCUGGUGUGGCGAGGCGGUCGUUCUGCAAAGUGAACACGAUGAUGUCGACUUCGCUUCGGUCAAUGUUGGCUGUCGUCACGCUCGUCGGUUUCGCUGGAAUCGCCUUUGGCUUACCCGAAAGGCGCGGUCAGUCCGACAGCGACGCGGCUUUGUCGACGAUCAUGCGCGAAGGCCACCAGUACCUCGCCGUGUCGCGCAGCCACAGGAAGGACAUGGCCAUCUUCUGCUACCCGGGCGAGCCCGCCAGCUACCUGUCGCUCUUCAAGUCCGUCUACGUCGAGUUCAAACUCGUGCCCGAACGUUACAUGCUCUUCGAGGGGCCCGACGAGGCGUCGGUGCGCGCGCAGUUUGACUCGCACCUCGCCAGCUGGGUACCGCUGCUGCCCUGGAGGCGGUCGACAAUCUCGCUGCCGGCGUUCCGGCCGCACUGCAUCGGCGUGGUGUCCGACGACGACUACCGCUUCGAGCUGGUCGUGCGCGAGGCCAACUACUGGCGCGUGCUGCAGUUCGUGUUCUCGGUGCUGCUGUUCUUCGGCGUGCCCUCUCUGUGCCGCAACGCGCUGGUGUUCUACUCGUGCGGCGUCACCGUGGGCGUGCUCGCGUCCCUGCUCGUCGUCGUGUUCGUCGUGAGCCGCCUGUUGCCGCAUCGCACGGCGGGCUACGCGGUCGUCUGCUUUGGCUGGUCUCUGGUGCUGUACUUGCUGCAGCUGCUCUGGUCGAACGUCUACCAGGUUCUGGCUGACUACAAGAAUGUGCUGGCCGUCUACAUAGGACUCGCGGCGCUCGUGAGCUUCGGUGUCUGCUAUCGUAUGGGGCCACCGACAAAUCCGCGAACUCUGGAUUUGAUUCAGUGGUCGCUGCAGCUCGCAGCACUGGGCGGGAUAAUCACGUCGUCUGAGCUCCGAGAAGCAACAUGUGCAACUGUGCUUGCUGUGCUUGUCGCCUACAACUUCCCUUCGAAGUGGGCGGCCAAGCUGAAGACCUGGUGGAGGACGCGCGUGUGUCGGCCGAAGGUGACACUUCUCACCGAAGAGGAGUACAUCGUGCAGGGCGAUGUGGAGACGAGAAAGGCCUUGGAGGCCCUGCGGGAGUUCUGUGGCAGCCCCAACUGCAAGACAUGGCAGGUGGUGACUCGUCUCAAAGACCCUGUGCGGUUUGCCAAGUUUGUUCAGGGACAAUCACACCUCGCGGACGAGGAGGUCCUCCAGUAUGAACUGGACUCGUCGGACAGGCAACCUAGUGACCAGGACUGCCAGUUGACAGAGGAGAGCGAAGACGAGCAGCCAUCCUUCACAGAGCUUGUAGAGUAGGUUGAUUGAACAGGUGCUGCCAACUGGCACUUUGCUAACACUCUGAAGAUGGCUAGUGGUAGGUGCACGCUGCUCUGUUGUUGUUAACUUAACCUUUUGGAUUGCACAAUCUUGGAGGCUCGUGAAACCUGCACCAGCUUAGGCUACAAGAUAACAGGCAACUCAAUCGAAGAGCUCGAUGAAAUUUGUCAGAUUUGUGCAAGAGCAUUCAUGCCUUGCAGCUGGAAACAGGUCCUCUGGCAUGAACUGGGUUUGUUGAACUGUCCAGAGCUACCUGAUGGUGCAAAAGGGCCAGCCGCAGCUCUCACUCGUGGCACUUGAACAUGAGGCCAACUGUGCUCAACUCUCUGCCAACACUGGAACAAAGUGGGUACCAAGUGUGAUUGGCAUGGACGCUUCUAGUUGAGCUUUGUAAUUGUUCCAUUUAUGGCACUGAAUACACUUUCCCAUUAAUGGGCAUC